AUGUGUGACCAAGAAUUUAGAACACAACGCAUCGACCCACGCUAUCCAAAUCAAAAUCAAACCAAGGCUUGUUACGACAAUUACUGCGACUUUUACAAGUGCCAAAGACUUCUAGGUGAAGCAGACGACUGCAAAAUAUUCAAGCGUUAUUUCGAGACAAUAUGCCCGAAUUCUUGGAUAUCCCAUUGGGACGAUCUUAGAGAGAAAGGAGCAUUCCCAGGUCCAAUAUAA